AUGAUGAAUAAAGUGCUAUUUGCUAUUGUGGCUCUCACCGCGCUUGCUUUUGCGGAGGAAGAAGAGAGUCUGGGAAAUGUGAUCGGUAUCGAUCUGGGUACCACCUACUCUUGCGUGGGUGUGUACAGAAAGGGACAAGUGGAAAUCAUUCCCAAUGAGCAGGGUAACCGUAUUACUCCUUCCUACGUCGCUUGGGACGACAAGGAACGUAUGAUUGGUGAUGCUGCCAAGAACCAGGCCACCAUCAAUCCUGAGCGUACUAUUUUCGAUGUGAAGCGUCUGAUUGGUCGUAAGUACAAUGAUCCGACUGUUCAGCACGAUAAGAAGAUGUGGCCUUUCCAUGUGAUGGACAAGAAGGGAAAGCCCGUGAUUCAUGUGGAGACCAACAACGGACCGAAGGACUUCUCUCCUGAGGAAAUCUCCGCUAUGGUGCUGACCAAGAUGAAGCAGAUUGCCGAGUCUUAUUUGGGUGAGGAGGUGAAGAACGCUGUGAUCACUGUGCCUGCCUACUUCAACGAUGCGCAGCGUCAGGCUACGAAGGAUGCUGGAACGAUUGCGGGUCUGAGCGUGCAGCGUAUCAUUAACGAGCCCACUGCCGCUGCUAUUGCCUACGGUCUGGACAAGAAGGACGGAGAGAAGAACAUUCUUGUGUUCGAUCUUGGAGGUGGUACCUUCGAUGUGACGGUGCUGACGAUCGAUAACGGUGUGUUCGAGGUGCUGGCUACCAACGGAGAUACGCAUCUGGGAGGAGAGGAUUUCGACCAGGUGGUGAUGCAGUACAUGAUGAAGAUCUUCAAGAAGAAGUACAACAAGGACAUGUCUGGCGACAAGCGUGCUGUGCAGAAGCUGCGAAAGGAGGUGGAGCGUGUGAAGCGCGUGCUGUCCACUCAGCACCAGGCGAACAUCGAGAUCGAGGCUCUGUACGACGGCAUCGAUUUCUCGGAGACGCUCACGCGCGCUCGUUUUGAGAAGCUGAACAUGGAUCUCUUCAAGAAGACUCUGGGACCUGUGGAGAAGGUGCUGGCGGACGCGGAUCUGAAGAAGAAGGAGAUCGACGAGAUCGUGCUGGUCGGAGGCUCGACGCGUAUUCCCAAGGUGCAGGAGCUGCUGAAGGACUACUUCAACGGCAAGGAGCUGAACCGUGGAAUCAACCCCGAUGAGGCCGUGGCUUACGGAGCUGCCGUGCAGGGAGGAAUCCUGAGCGGAGAGGCCGCGGAGGAGACGAAGGACCUGCUGCUGCUGGAUGUGGCGCCCCUGUCGCUGGGUAUCGAGACGGUGGGAGGCCGUGAUCCCCACGAAGAAGUCGCAGGUGUUCUCGACGUGUUCGAGGGAGAGCGAUCGAUGACCAAGGACAACCACAAGCUGGGACAGUUCGACCUCAACGGAAUCGCCCCCGCGCCGCGCGGCGUGCCGCAGAUCGAGGUGACCUUCGAGAUCGAUGCCAACGGUAUUCUGCAGGUGUCCGCGGAGGAUAAGGGCACUGGCAAGAGCGAGUCCAUCACCAUCACUGCGGAGAAGGGACGUCUGAACGAGGACGAGAUCCAGCGCAUGGUCGAGGAGGCCGAGAUGUACGCGAAGGAGGACGAGGCGGCGCGCAACCGCGUGGACAAGCGCAACCAGCUGGAGAGCUACUGCUACCAGCUGAAGAACACGAUCUCGGACAAGGAGAAGGGAGUGGCCGACAAGAUCUCCGAGGAGGAUAAGGAGAAGAUCGAGGAGGCCGUCAAGGAGACGCUGGACUGGCUCGACGACAACGAUAGUGCGGAGGCCAGCGAGUACGAGGAGAAGCAGAAGGAGCUGGAGGCGGUCGCUAACCCGAUCAUGUCCCAGUUCUACCAGAACGCUGGAGGUGAGUCUGCGCCGGAGGAUGACGACGACGAGCUGUAAACUACUUUGAUAUAUUGGUAUUGUAAUGGUUGAAUCUUGAUCCUGUU